AUGGCAAAGAUGGUGGUGAUGAUGGUGAUGUUGGUAAUGAGAGAUAUCGGGGCCAAUAUCGGAUUCUCCAUACCAGGGACUGAUGUCCUGGUGUGUCCCCUUCGGCCAGUGGAGCGCUUCCGAGAUCUGCGUCCCGAUGAAGUGGCUGAUAUGUUUCAGGCGACCCAAAGGGUCAGCACGGUGGUGGAAAAGCAUUUCCAGGGGACUUCUCUUACUUUUGCUAUGCAGGAUGGCCGCGAAGCUGGACAGACUGUGAAGCACGUUCACAUCCACAUUCUGCCCAGGAAGGCUGGAGACUUUCACAGGAAUGACAGCAUCUAUGAUAAGCUCCAGACACAUGACAAAGGGGGAGCGGACUCCCCAGCCCUGUGGAGAUCAGAGGAGGAAAUGGCAGCGGAAGCCGCGGCCCUGCGGGCCUACUUUCAGUGACGCAGG